AUGAUGAGGUUGCACCAGGGAUCAGCUCUUAGCUCAUUUCUAUUUGCCUUAGUGAUGGACGAAUUGACGCGACAUAUUCAGGAGGAGGUGUCGUGGUUUAUGUUAUUUGCAGACGAUAUAGCUUUGAUAGACGAGACGCGUAGUGGAGUUAAUGAUAGGCUGGAAGUUUGGAGAACGACCUUUGAAACGAAAGGUUUCAGGUUAAGCAGGACUAAGACGGAGUACAUGGAGUGCAAGUUCAGUGAUAUAACGCAAGAUACAGAUAUGGAAGUGAAGAUUGAGUCACAAGCUAUACCCAAAAGAGGGAGUUUCAAGUAUCUUGGGUCCAUAAAACAAGGGAACCGGGAGAUUGACUAUGAUGUCACACAUCUUGAGGACCUAAAAUUGAAUGCUGUUGAGAGUUUACAAGGAGUUCCUUAUCUAGCAAUUGGCAAACAUCAUUAUGGGCCUGCUACCA